UAUAUCCGGUACGCGCUCUUUCUCUUUCUUUUUCUCAUCAGUGCACGUGUUCGCGCGCGUGUUAGAUAGCCAUACUCUGGUCACGUAUGUCCGUGUACAUCCGGACGUUUGACUUUGUAAUCAUUACACCGUGCGCGACAGGCGUGAUGCUGAUCGAUCGAGCAGCUGAAGUCUGCUAUGAAAGAUUCGUUUUUGGUUUCGAUGACUCAUCAUUUUUUAGGUUUACAUUAACCCUUACAAUCCAGGAAGCUAAUAUAGUGACGCGACGGGAAUAUAUUUAUCGCGUGUUAUAUUUUUUAUUAGUGUACCUUUUUGUACAUAUGAAAAAGUUCUAAUUUAAAGACUGUAAAACUCAUCCAAAAACCGUCCAAAUUGUAAGGGUUAGUAAUCUUUAGUUAAAACUUGUCUCACGUGAGAUACUCAGAUUUAAAUACACACACACACACACACACACACACACAUAUAAUCGCGAUUCACAUCUAAUUCUGAAUUUAAAUCUAAAUGUCUCAUUCGAGAUAAGUUACAAGUAAUGACUCAAUACGACGGGCCUUAGUGACACUGCCCUUUCGAAUGAUGUGCUAUGACAGCCGUGCAUUCGUUAUCGAGAGAUAGACGCGGCAGCGUGCUAGUGCCAAGUAUAUCCGCGAAAGAUGCUACACCGUGUAUCUCUUUCUUGACGUGAGAUGACCUUUUGGACUAGAUUAUGAUUGGAAUUAUAGUUUUGUAAAAGGUAAGUAUAACAUAAAAUUAAUAAUAAUUUUGCAUAACAAAAAAGUAUUAGAUACAAAUAUAGUAAGUUCGUUAUGAAAAUAGUGAUAAAAUAAUAAUUACAACAUAUUAUUCGCUUCGAACUUAUCAUGUACUUCAUAAUGAGUACUUCGUACCCAAGCAGCCAGAUGAGAGAAAGGGAGAACGGCCUAAUGCGAUCUAAGCAAUGAAAAGAGAGAACACUAAUCUAUUUAUAAAUUGCCACUGCGCGUUCUCUCUUUCUCUUUCUUCCCUGUCUGCUUUUCUUCUACUCUCUCUUUCUUUCUCUCUCUCUCUCUCUCUCUCUCUCUCUCUCUCUCUCUCUCUCUCCCGUUCUUCUCGAAGGAUUUCGUGACGUUAAUUUUAGUUUCAGUGGAGACGAUGUCGCGGCUAGCAGCGCGAGAGUGCACCUCGUCAAGAUAACACUCGAUUGUGUGUGAACGCACUGAUAUCCGAGCACUAAAUGCACUUCGCAUCGUAUACCGUGUCUAUCGAUGUCAUUACACUGAGUGUCCGUUGUAACGGUGACAUUGUCGCGGAAACAGACCCAGGUUGGUGAUGUUCAUUUUACCGAACUCAGAGAGAAAACUAAAGACCGUAAAUUAAAAAAACAAAACGCAACAUAAAAUUAUCAUGGAGAACAUUUGGAACGACGGUAUCGUCGGAGAACGGAAGGAUCUCGCUCCUAUAAUGGAAGAGGAAGAUAAAGGACAAGCGAAAGGUUCGCAGUCGGACUCGUCGGACGCAGCCUCGACUAUAAAACGUUGGAACAGUCGAUGGACGCCCUCGGAGGGCUACGAUUCGUCGGGCACGACGUCGAAUUCCGAGGAAGGCGACGAAUAUAUCGAGGAUUAUCCGCGAGACAUCGGCGCGGGCCUGUCGGAGCCGAUCACGUGCCGAGCGGCUUACCGAUCGCAGGAAUGUCUGUGUCAGGCUUGCUUGCUCGGGUAUGCUAAGAUGAUAGCGCUUCAAGGGAGUAUGCCUAAUAUCUGUGCAGCGUCCGCCGGUAUGCCUAAUAUCUGUCCGGCGUCUGCUCAUCUGGGAAGUUUCCCAUCUCUCUGCGUCAUGCCGUGCACAAGCGUCUCUGGUGAGCUCACGCACCAAGCUAUCAAGGAACACGCAAAGAAUCUUGGUCACUACCCGCACGUCUGUCACGCGCAACAGAAUUUGAUGUUUAUGAAGGAGCGCGAGAUACACGCGGGCAGUAGGACGAACAGUACAACGUCUUUGCCUGUGAGCUCUACGAGUAGAUGCGGCGGUUCUUUGGACAGAAGACGGCGCAGACUGCGCAGCAGAGUGGACCGCGAUCAAAGGGCCAUGUCUCACAAUGAUUUGAUCUGCCAUGAGAGAGACAAGCCGCACUAUUGUUCGCUCCAGCAAUUCCAUUACGGAAGCAAUAUGUGCAUGAAUAAUUGUCAUAGUAAAACCGAGGAGCGGCUGAGAAAGUUGGAAAGUGAACGCGGAGCAUUACACAUGGAAGUGUCGGUCUUAUCGGAACAGGUCGAUGCUCAGUCAAAUAAAAUUCAGGAGCUGGAGGGCAUACUUCAAGAGAAGAAAGAUUCUCUGAGGCAGAUGGAGGAAGCGUUGCAAAAGGAAGUUUUAUCGAGAAGUGCUUUAGAGACGCAAAAGUUGGAACUUCUCACCUCUCUAUCCGAAAUGAAACUCAGACAAGCUAGUUUGGAGCAUGAGAACCUAGCAUUACGCAGUGCAAGUCCCUUAUCAAAUGGUGAAAGAUUCAGCAGACACACUGGUCAAUAUAGUAGUCUUCCUAGGCCACCAACAUCCAAGAAAGGCGUUGUAUUUGGUAAGGUUCCAAAUUUAGUCUCGGGAGCACAUACAACGGUACCCUUGGCUGUUAGGGGAGUCUCUGCGAGAUGUCUGUCCGCUCCUAUUCUAGCGGAAGAAGAGAAAAUCGUGAUUGGUGAAGCGAGCGCACAAAUGGAAUCGCUGCCACCGAAACCACUUGCAGAACUUACUAUGGAAGAAAUCAGCGACUGGUUAGCCUGUCUCGGUUUAGAAUGCUAUGCCGGCGAGUUGAGGCGAUGGGGUGCCACCGGAUCGAAAUUACUUGAUGCUACGCAGGUUCAACUGGAGAAGGAAUUAGACAUAAAGAACACUCUGCACAGAAAGAAGUUGCUUUACGCUAUAGAAUCGGAAAGAAGCAAUGGAACCGGUUUCCUCGGUUCUCACAAGAUGGACAGCGCGGCCGUGCUAAGAUGGCUGGACGAUAUUGGAUUACCUCAACACAAGGAAGCUUUCCACAACGCAAAGGUUGACGGCAGAGUUCUUCACAGACUGACCACGGAAGAUCUAUUGAAUCUCGGGGUGACCGCGCAGUUACAUGCCGCCAGUUUAAGACGUGGAAUUCAGGUUUUGCGGGACUUAAACUUUGAGUUUGACAAUCUGGAGAGAAGAUCUGUGAGCGGGAACGGAGCCGACGGUACUAACGUGACUCUCUGGACGAAUCAUCGCGUAAUGGAAUGGCUACGAGUGGUGGAUCUCGCGGAAUACGCUCCGAACAUGCGCGGCUCCGGUGUUCACGGUGGUCUGAUGAUUCACGAGGGACGAUUCACUUCCGAGUUGCUCGCGACAUUACUUAGCAUUCCACCUGCAAAGACUCUGCUUCGUAGACAUCUGACAACACAUUUCAAUCAAAUUCUGGGCAGAGAAGUGGUUCAGCAUAAAAGAGAGAUAGAGAGCACACUCGGCUUUGUUCCACUGACGCUUACUGCUAGACUAAAGGUACCAAAGAAAUCUCAAUUCACAUUGAAGCGUAAAAAAAGCAAAAACGAGGUGGAUUUUGGCAAUUUGGUUUGUCCAUUGGAGGCAUCACCACCAGGUACCCCAUCAACACCUUCGUCAACACCAGGCAGCCCUAACUUAAACUCACCCACAUUCUAACCACAAUUAAAGCUUCAUUCGAGUAAUCAUCUAAACUAACUUACUUGGAGGAUACUGGGCAAAGGAAAGUUAUAGGUUGCAUAUGAAUGGAUGAACUACGAAUCAAUAUAUUUAACGACGGUAAAAUAUAUACCGAUGGUUGUUUAUAUAUUUGUACUCGAAGUGACGGUACACAAGAAAAUGUCAAAAACCUGGGACCAGUUAUCCAUACUGUAAAUUACGCAGCCACUUCUUUGUCAAAACGUACACUUUGAAAUAAGCCGCUUAUUCGAGAGCUAACUUAAACACCGCCAAAGUCUUAUUAAUGCUGUAGACUAAGAAAUUUGGAAUUAACCAUUCUAAAGGAUAAAUAUUUUUACUACGAGUCUUUUAAGUAUAGGAGGUUAUUAUAAAUUUAAGAUAAGAUGCUAAAUUUAUAUAUUUACUAUGUAUCUGAUUAUUCUAAACUUUCGCAACUUUCUAGAAUUGUUUUAAUAAUAAAUAAAUAUAUGUA